GUGGUUUUUAUUUUGCCUCGACAGAUCCAGGCGGUCUCUGUUUCUCUCUCUAGAUAUAUGCAACAUUCCAUCACAGCCAUUAUAAUUUAUCAUUGUCAUCAUCAUCGUUUAUAUCAAAUUAAUUUUUAUUUUUAAACUCAGUAGUUCAAAAUCUCUCUCCAUUUCCAUUUCCAAUAUCUCUUUCAAUCCCCAUUGGUAUAUAAAGUUUCGUUCAAUUAUACAAUUUUUUUUUUUAAUUAUUGAGUUUAAUUCUAAGUUUUCACAAUUAUUUGAUGGAAAGUUAACUUCUUUAUUUUGUAAUUUAUGUAUUUAGCUUAAGAUUUGGAAAACUCGGGUAGGGAAAUCGAAAAAAGUUUGAAGGUUUUUGAUUUUUAAUUUUUAAGAGAAUAUUUGGGGUUAGGAAAUGGGGACAAAGGUGAAAAAUUGGUCUAUUCAAAUUUGAUGUUGGAGUGAUUAAUUCCCUGAGGCUCCCUUGGUCAAAUUAUCAUCAUGGCUGAUGUUUUGGAAAAUGUGACACAACAACCUCAGGGAGCACGACUUCUUUCUCCUCCUCCUCUUAUCUCGCCACCUCCAGAUGGAUUUAUGCAGAAAUUCCGACUCUAUGAAACACGAUCGAAAUUCUAUAUGGUAGGAAGGGACAAAAAUAGAACGUACUGGAAAGUGUUAAAAAUUGAUAGGACAGAACCGAGUGAGCUUAACGUUCGUGAAGAUUCUACCCCAUACACAGAAAUAGAAUGCUCUGAUUUACUGAGAAGGAUACAUGAAGGAAAUAGGGUUACAGGAGGACUUAAGUUUGUUACAUCUUGCUAUGGCAUUGUUGGAUUCAUUAAAUUUCUUGGUCCUUAUUACAUGCUACUUAUUACAAAAAGAAGACAGAUCGGUUCAAUCUGCGGUCACAUUGUAUAUGCUAUCUCCAAAAGUGAAAUAAUCCCCCUUCAGAAUUCUGUGGUUAGAUCCAGCAUGGUUAAUUACAAGAAUGAGAACAGAUACAAGAAGCUCUUGUGCAUGGUGGAUCUGACUAAGGACUUCUAUUUUAGUUACUCCUACCAUGUGAUGAGGAGUCUCCAGAAGAACAUGUGUGAUAAUGAAACCGGGCAAGUCCUGUAUGGAACGAUGUUUGUGUGGAACGAGUUUCUUACUCGUGGAAUACACAAUGUUCUUCAGAAUACUAUUUGGACCGUUGCAUUAGUCUAUGGAUUUUUUAAGCAGGCUACAAUUUCUAUAUCAGGGCAUGAUUUCAAGCUGACUUUAAUUGCCAGGCGUUCACGGCACUAUGCUGGCACUAGUUGCAUUCUUUCUGCUGGAGGUUGUGGAAUAUAUUUUAGUGGUAUUUUGUUUUUUCAGUUAUACUACUUUGUUAGCGGUGGCAAUGCUUUUUUGUUCCAUUAUACUUCUUUCAUUAGUUUUGAGUUGUUAUGGCAUGGAGGAGGAAUAGAUAAAGAGGUAAAUCUCUGUGUCUUGUCGUCAGUUCUUAUUAUGGUAAUAACCUUUCUAGUUUUGUAUGUGAGCAGGUUUUUGGGGCAUUUUCAACCUCAACCAGGUAAAGCUGAUGUAUGGGAGCUGGAUUCUGACCAGCAUUCCAAUGUUGGAAGGAAUGGACAGUCAAAUAUUGAUGAAAACGGAAGGUCAUUAUAUAAAAGGUCAUUGUCAGAUGGGAACAUUCUUCGUGAAAGUCGCUCGCCCAGGUCCACCUCAUACAUCAAUAAGGGUUUUCCGAGUUCUGACUUAACUAGCAAGUCAAAAGAAGGAAGCAAAAUGCUUUCUGAGUCAUCGCCAGAAAUAGCAACUUGCGAAAGUGAUUUAACAGAUUCAAGAUAUGGUCCUUCAAUACCUGCUAGGGUUCUUUUUGCUGAAAUGCACAGAGUCAGAUGCCUCGAACAUGAGAAUGGGGACUCGAUUGACAGCUCCAACUUUGUUGACUUAGAUUGGCUUUCUUCUUCUGGAAAUUCAUGUGAGGAUGAGUUGCUAGAAAGGUCAAUGCUCACAGUCUCUCCAAUUGCGAUGCUGUCAUCAGAAAAUUUCGCCAAUGAAAUCACAGGCGAUACAACCCCAUCUACCAACAAUGCUGCCCUUUACGACUUCACCAACAAUUUAAAAUGCGGAAGGGAACCGACUUGUACAGAUCUGUUGUAUGUUGAAGGCCAUAAUUAUGAAGUCCUUGAGGAAUUUUCAGAUGGUUUCGUGCGUUGGGUGAAUUACGGAGAAACUCUCUGUCAUUAA